UUAUUUGCUGAGAACUACACACUAAGGACAGAGGUGGGUAGUGAUUAAGCUACAUGUGCUGAGGUUACAUGUACUUGAGUAACUCUUUUGAGUUUCAGAACUCUACCCAUCUCUGACAACAGAUGAACUUUGUGGCAUGUUCCAUUUAUCUUGGAAGUCAGAACUGGGAAUGCCGGUCAAACCAGACCUGACUGUGUGUCAGUACAAGUCCAAAAAACUGUUCUUAUAAGGUUAGAUAUCAUGAGCCACUGCUGACAAUAUCAGUUGGUAACACAUUACAAAAUAUCUUGCACAUACAAAGACAGAAGCAACAUGUCCACAGAUAGAAAUUGGACAGUACUAAGUUACACAGAACACAAAUCAGACAGAAACCACUGGUGUAGGGCUAAAGCAGCUAUCUUGGAUUCUCAGGUCAGGAUUGGGGAGGUGUGUCUAACACUCGUUGUCAACAUGAAUCGCAGUAUCAAAGUCCCACUCAGGACGGAACCUUGAAAGUACGAGCACACAUUCAUCUCCCUGUCUCUGGCAGAGAUUAAAUAUUGAAAGAAAUAAACUGAAAGCCAAAAAAAAGAAUAAAAAUGCGUUGGCCCUGGGUCUGGAUGACCCUCUGCUCCCUGUGUCCUGCUGUGGUUAAUUGUGGGAAAGUUCUUGUUUAUCCGAUGGACGGGAGCCCCUGGGUGAACAUGAAAGUCAUUAUUGAGGAACUGCAUUCAAAGGGCCACCAGAUUUCUGUUGUGCGGUCACCAGACAACUGGUACAUCAAGGAAACCUCCCCAUUCUACACUUCAAUUACAGUCGAUGCAGAGUCUGGAUUUGACGAAGGAUUCAUAACUGACUUUGUGGCUGAACUGCUGAAAAUUCAGAAGGAAGGGAAGUCUCUCUGGAUGCGAAUGAAACUAGAAAUGGAAAUAAUGGAAAAGGCCUUUGAGAUGCAUAAUAAAACACGCAAACUACUUGAGGUACUUUUUGAAAACAAAACUCUGGUUCAGUCACUACAGGAUGCCAAAUAUGACCUUGUCCUUGCAGACCCUUUCACACCAGGGGGUCCUAUUCUUGCCCACUACCUUGGUUUGCCUCUUGUUUUCAAUGUAAGGUGGACCAGUGAAGGUGAAGGCCAUUUUUCAAUUGCGCCCUCUCCUCUGUCAUAUAUUCCACUGACAGGGACCGAGCUUUCAGAUAAAAUGAGUUUUUUUGAGAGACUUCUAAACGUAAUAGUUUAUGGCAUCAAUGAAUAUCAAAUUGCACAGUAUGUCGUACCAAAUUAUGCUGGCUUCAUUGAAAAAUAUCUGGGUCCAGACAUAGACUACUUCUCUCUGUUUCAAGCCGCAGACCUGUGGCUCAUGAGAGUGGACUUUGUGUUUGAGUUUCCUCGUCCCACCAUGCCUAAUGUUAUCUACAUGGGAGGGUUCCAGUGUAAACCUGCAAAACCUCUUCCACAACACCUAGAGGAGUUUGUGCAGAGUUCUGGCGAGCAUGGCGUCAUCGUCAUGUCUCUGGGAACUUUCAUUGCAGACCUUCCUCAUGACCUAGCUGUUGAGAUCGCUGCAGCUUUUGCCAAAUUGCCUCAGAAAGUCAUCUGGAGAUAUAAAGGUGAGAGACCAGCCAGUCUGGGCAACAACACAUUACUCAUAGACUGGAUGCCACAGAAUGACCUUUUAGGACAUCCAAAGAUAAAACUGUUUGUCGCUCAUGGAGGGACAAACGGCGUUCAAGAAGCAAUCUACCACGGAGUUCCUAUCCUUGGACUGCCACUGAUUUUUGAUCAGCAUGAUAAUCUGCUUAGAAUUGGAGCAAGAGGUGCAGGGAAGAUUAUCGAUAUUUUUACUAUGAAUGGAGACAUCUUCUUUCAGGGAAUUCAGGAAGUCCUGAAUGAGCCCUCGUACAGGAUGAACAUGCAGAGACUGUCCAGGCUGCACAGAGACACACCAAUGAAGCCGCUGGAUACCGCCAUCUUCUGGAUAGAGUUCGUCAUGAGACACAAAGGUGCAGCUCACCUGAGGACAGAGUCCUACAGACUGCCCUGGUAUUCCUACCACUCUGUGGAUGUGAUUCUAUUCUUAGUUGGAGUUGUGCUGAUUAUUCUAGCCACGUUUGCUGCCUUGAUACGGUGUUUAUGCUCUGUGUGUCUCAGAGAAAAAAAUAAACGUGAUUAAAAAAGAAAAAGCAAUCAAAAUGAAAUGCAAACCAUACAUUUGCUGAGAACAGAUCUUUCAAUAUGUAAAACCUGAAAAUGUUAUCGUGCCGAUUGUCUGCCUAAGAUUCACUGUAGAUGAAGUUUUACAAACUUUGGACAAUGUACCAAAUCAUUAAAUGCUUUGAUUAAAAAAAAAAAAAAACAAUGUAGCAAUCAAAAUGAAAUAUAAACCAUAUAUUUUCUUAUAAUACAUCCUCAAAUAUGCAAAACACAAACAUGUUGUUGGGGUUAUUUAUACUGUGAUUUGAUGUAGAUAACACAAUAAAAAACAUUUUCCAGUA